AUGCCGGCGCCCUCGACCCUGGCGGGCGCGGCGCUGCCCGCGUGGGCGCAGGACGCCCUGCGGUCCGCGGCGCAGGCGCUGUCGUCGGUCAACCUGACGGCGGCGACCGUCGCGCAGUGCGUGCUCGCGGGUCUGGUCCUGUUCGUGGUCCUGGAGCAGUGGCGCUUCAAGCACAAGGCGCGGUUCGGGAAGGGCAGCGUCCCGACGACGGCGGCGGGCGGGACGCCGGUGCCGGUCGUGGGCGGCCUGAUCGAGAUGAUCUACGACCCGUUCCGGUUCUGGGACAACAUCAUCUCGACCGCGAUGCAGACGGGCGGGCUGUGCUGGCACUCGAUCUUCGGGGUGUACACGCUGCUGCUCGCGGACAUCGACGACAUCCGGCAGUCGUUCAGCCGCAACAACGACAAGGAGUUCAUGAUGGCCAUCCACCCGAACGCGCACUGGAUCCUCGGGCCGAAGAACAUCGCCUUCCUGCACGGACCCAUGCACAAGGAGCUCCGCCGCUCCUUCGUCGGGCUCUUCACGCGCAAGGCGCUCGAGCAGUACGUCGCGAAGCAGGACGGCAUCAUCCGCGACUGGAUCCGCCCCUGGGCGCGCGACACCGCGGCCGCGCCCACCGAGGUGCGCAUGUGGAUCCGCGACAUGAACGCGUGGACCAGCCAGGAGGUCUUCGCGGGGCCCUACCUCGGCGACCACGCCGCGCGCGAGAAGUUCUCCCACGCCUACAUCGCCAUGACCGAGGGCUUCCUCGCCUUCCCCGUGUGCCUCCCGGGCACCGCCGUCUGGCGCGGCCGCCAGGGCCGCUACCACAUCCUCGACGUGCUCGAGAAGGCCGCCGCGGCGGCGCGCGAGCGCGACCUCAGGGGCGAGCCGCCCGUGUGCCUGAUGGACUACUGGGCGCACGAGGUCAACCGCAUCGUCGCCGACGCAGAGAAGAGCGGGAGCCCGCUGCCCGAGUUCGCCAACAACCACCGGAUGGCGGACGUGGUGAUGGACUUUUUGUUUGCGAGCCAGGACGCGUCGACGGCGUCGCUGGUGUGGGUGCUCGCGCUGAUGGCCGACCACCCGGACGUGUACCAGCGCGUGCGCGAGGAGCAGCUGCGCGUGCGCGGCGCGGACGCCGCGAGCCUGGAGAAGCCCAUCACCGGCGAGGUGCUGGAGAAGAUGACGUACACGCGGCAGGUGGUGAAGGAGAUCCUCCGGUUCCGCCCCGCCGCGCCCAUGGUGCCGCAGUGGUCCAUGUCGGACCAGACGAUGAACGGCACGGGCUACACGUGCCCCAAGGGCGCCCUGGUGAUGCCGUCGCUGAUCGCCGCGUGCCACACGGGCUUCCCGAACCCGGAGAAGUUCGACCCCGACCGCUUCGACGUGAACGGCCGCAACGAGGGCGACAAGUACGGAAAGCACUGGCUGCCGUUCGGGCUGGGCGCGCACUACUGCGUCGGGCGCGAGUACGCGCAGAACCACCUCGCGGCGUUCCUGGCGAUCCUGUCGACGACCUACGACAUCGAGCGCGAGCGCACGCCCAAGUCGGACGAGUACAUCUACUUGCCAACAAUCUACCCCGCCGACUCGCGCAUCCGGUUCAAGAGCGCCACCGUCGCGUGA